AAUUCAAUAAUCAUAAAAAAUAAAAAAAAUUAGAUUGAAAGUGAGCUGUAUGAUGAGGGUAACACCGUAUCCACUUGCGAAGUGUUGACGCCGCGUAGAUAGCAAGCUGAAGAUCGACAUAUCGCAAUUUGAAUGCGAAUUUUGAUCGACUUCGUCACUGUCAGUCACUCUCUCUCUCUCUCUCUCUGCGUAGAGGGUGCAGUCUCUUUCUCUCUUCGGUCUCCAUUUUUUCCUUGGACUCGUGACAAUUGCUUGUUCUGAUCUUUGUCGUCUUUACAAAACAUCGGUCGGUUGCUGCGAAGCCUGUAAUCGAAGAUUCAGCUAGUUCUAGUUCAAAUCAAUGGCGUCCUAUUCAAACUUCACAGAUGCAACUAAAGAAGAUGGUUCUCUUCAGUCUAUCUGUUACAAGCGUGGUUCUCUUCAGCUGCUCGAUCAGAGAAAGCUUCCCCUUGAAACUGUUUACUUGGAUAUUCAAGACGCAAGAGAUGGAUGGCAUGCAAUAAGGGAUAUGGUUGUCCGUGGGGCCCCUGCAAUUGCCAUAGCAGCUGCUCUUUCUCUGGCAGUAGAAGUGUUCAACAUGGAGGCUUUUAAUGGGACAUCAGAUGAUGCAGCAUCUUUACUUGGCAAAAAAUUGGAAUAUCUUGUCUCUAGCCGACCAACUGCUGUGAAUCUUUCAGAUGCAGUGACAAAACUUAAAGAAGUGAUAUCAAAAGCUGCUGCCGUGGCUUCAGAGGCUAGGAGCAUUUUUAUGGCUUACAUAGAAGCUGCUGAAAUUAUGCUCAAGGAUGAUGUUGCUUCAAACAAAGGCAUUGGGUCUAACGGAUCAAGUUUUCUUCAGCGCCAGCAGCACAACUCCAACAAGCUGUCUAUUUUGACCCAUUGCAACACUGGCAGUCUUGCAACAGCUGGAUAUGGUACUGCUCUUGGUGUAAUCCGUGCACUUCAUUCUGAAGGAGUUUUGGAAAGGGCCUACUGCACGGAAACACGUCCAUUCAACCAAGGAUCUAGACUCACAGCUUUUGAGUUGGUGCAUGAUAGGAUACCUGCUACUCUUAUUGCUGAUUCUGCUGCAGCUGCAUUAAUGAAAACUGGACGCAUCAAUGCGGUAAUUGUUGGAGCGGAUCGCGUUACUGCAAAUGGUGAUACUGCUAAUAAGAUUGGAACCUACAGCCUUGCCCUCUGUGCUAUGCAUCACGGUGUUCCAUUUUAUGUGGCUGCACCCUUGACUUCUGUUGAUUUAUCCCUUGCUUCUGGACAAGAAAUUGUUAUUGAAGAACGAUCUGCCAAGGAGUUGCUGCAUUCGCGUGGAGGACUUGGGGAACAAGUUGCUGCAUCGGGAAUUGAUGUCUGGAACCCGGCCUUUGAUGUCACCCCAGCUAAUCUCAUUUUUGGCAUCAUAACAGAAAAGGGUGUCGUUACCAAAACCGGGAUGGAUGCAUUUGACAUGAAAGGCUUCAUUAAAAGGGCGCUUAUUAGCUGUUCUGUGUAAGAGGUAUUCACUCAGUUGGGUGAGGUAUGGGCAUGGGUUGUUCAUGAGCUUUAUUUAGUGUCUUAAAAAAUAAGUGCUUAUUGUUAUUAAGUACGUGUCUCAACAGUUUUUAUUUGGCAUAUCCAUUAUUGGUAAUUUGAGGCCUUGUUUAAAAUGCCAACAGGCUUUGGAAAUUGAAAAUUGAGUGUUUGGAUGAA